GGAUGUGCGAGUCUUUGCUUGAUCGUGCAAAUUUCUUGGUCAUCAAAACAAACAGCAUACAGGUCUGUCUGCGGUGUCAAUAUGUUACUGAAAUCAUGUUGUAUCUACAGUACCGGAGUUUUGUCUGUACUACUGUUGAUCGUGGGCAUUUCUUUAGUCCUCUCUAAUGUGUUUCUGCAUGUUGUGCAGUCGAUGGUUGAAAAGGAAGUUGUUUUGAAUAAUGGCACAGAGGCAUUCGAGGCCUGGGAGAAUCCACCAGCACCUGUCUACAUGCAGUUUUAUUUCUUCAAUUUGACAAAUCCCGCAGAGAUGCUGGCUGGGGAGAGGCCCGCUGUGGUGGAGAUUGGGCCAUACACAUACAGUUCACUGCAUUUCUGGACAUCUGACGAGUGUAAUAUGAUUAAUGGAACCAAUGGAGCAUCUUUCCAUCCAGUCAUCGCCAAGAAUGAGACGCUCUACAUGUUUUCCUCUGACUUGUGCAGGUCUCUGUAUGCUGUGUAUGAGGAGGACGUGACAGUGAAGGGGAUCCCUGGGUAUCGCUUCAUUCCCCCCAGUGAGGUGUUUGCCAAUCUGUCUGUGAACCCAGCCAACAUGGGCUUCUGUGUCCCUGCUGGAAACUGCCUAGGAUCUGGCUUGCUAAACGUCAGCUCAUGUAAACAAGGAGCGCCUAUCAUAAUGUCUCUACCACACUUCUACCAGGCAGAUGACAAAUUUGUUCAGGAUGUUUUUGGCAUGAGGCCCAAGAAGGAGCAUCAUGAGACGGCCAUAGAUAUCAAUCCGCUAACGGGAAUCAUUCUGCAAGCAGCAAAGCGGCUCCAGAUCAACGCCUAUGUAGAGAAAAUUUCCACCUUCAGUCAAACAGGAAGUGUGAGGACUGUGGUCUUUCCUGUGGUUUAUCUAAAUGAGAGCGUGGUCAUUGACGACACAUCAGCCACGAAGCUGCAUGGGGUUGUUACCCAACAGAAUGUCAUGAUAAACAUUCCGUUCAUGCUGAUUGGUCUAGGCAUCAUUCUGGGCGGAGUCUUCAUGUUCCUGAUGUGUCGGCAGAAGGUCCCAGAGAGCUCUGCUGCUGAGCGGCAGCCCCUGCUCUCAUCUUAGCACUGAACAGAAUGUGAAAAGAAGAUACUUCUUAUACAGUAUUUACAGAGUAGUUCAACAUUUCACAAGUUAAAUGGUUCUGCAGCUUUUGUGAUUAACCGCCAAGUAACAGUUUCCACUGAUAAUCAGAAUUUUAAAAAUGUAUCUUUUUUUUUUUUUCUUUUUUUUUUAAAUCAGGAUUUUUUGUGGUGUUAGGAAAAAGUGAAGAGCACUGUGAGGAUGUAUUUUUAUUAAGUCAUAAACUUGUUUUUUUUUUUUUAUUUCUAAAUCUAAGAUCUGAGUUUUAAAUAAAUUGUAUAAAUUCAUAAAAUUUGACUAAAAAAUAUAAUUUAUAUUGUUGGACUUCCCGGAGAAUUGACUCGGAACUAAUCCAAACGUUUUAGCGCAAAAGUAGUGCAAGUGUCAUUAUUUGACAUGGACACUGAACUGGAGUAAUUGAAGAAACACGUCAGAUUAUGUUUUAAAAAGAUGCCAAUAAUCAGGUUUCUGAGUGGUCCAGCGAGAGACUUUAGGCAACACUACCAAGUAAUGUAGCAGAAAAAUUUCUUCUAACUUUGCCACGUCAGCAUUUCACACUGCUUCAUUGUCUAGGCAUAAACAAAGUGAAUAGCAAAGUCAAGCAGUGGCGGAUGUUUUAUUCUUAAUGAGAUGAACAUAAUUUCUGUAGCCUAAAAUUUGUUGUUGUCAACUCAAGGUGAUGUCUCAGCGUUUGGAUGUUUGGAGAAAAUCUCAUUUCAUUGAUGCUUUUGGUUUAGACUUAUCAUUCAGUCUCCUACAGGAUCUGGAGCUUUGAAUCUGUGUUGAAGUAGAUUAGUUUCACUUUCAAACCUUGCACUAUGUUGGGUCUUCCACUAGAAAGAUGAUAAUCUGUGCACAUAAAUAAUGUAAUGUGGAAUAAUAGCCAAAUCUUGAAUCUUGAAAUAGUAUUAUUGAAACAGUGGCAGUAUAAAGGGAAGGUUAUUUUUCCAGGUAUGUGUAUUAUGCUAAAAUAAGUUAACGGCUUCAUGCCAGUAACACUACUGAUAAAUAUUUUGUCAAAUAUAAAAAUACUUUUUCUUUAAGGAGCUAGAGAUGAUUGAUGGUCAUUUUGAUAUUUUAUUAGGCUAUGGUUGUUUGGAUCAUUUGUUCCUACAAAGAAAAAAUAGAGUUUCUGUUCUGACUGCAUGGAAUGUCACUAGUGUGUUAUUUUCCCAGUUUUAUCAACCACUGUUUCAGGCCCAUAAAUUGUGUUGUAUUAAUGUUUUUGUGGAAUUUGUUUUAUAUGUUAAGGAUAACAUUGUUUACACUACUACUCCCACAAUCAACACUUCACAUGUAAUCACUGUUUACAUACUCGUAAUAUGUCACAUCUUACAGUUUGCACAUUGUGUUGUCACUUGCUAAAACGUCAAUAAAAUAAGUGUGCUUCA